UUUAAACCUUGGCGGCUCUCGCCCCGCCCUCGGUCCACCCCGUCCGAGGCGGGAGCGGCUGAAAACCUCCAGCCCGGCCCGAGCGCACCACUUGCCUUGCAGCCCCGCCAGGAGUUCGCGCUCUCUGCACUACCCUACGUUCCCCACAGCCACCACCACCCUUCAGAAUGGCCAACAGGGGACCUGCUUAUGGUCUGAGUCGGGAGGUGCAGCAGAAGAUUGAGAAGCAGUAUGAUGCAGACCUGGAGCAGAUCCUGAUCCAGUGGAUUACAGCCCAGUGCCGCAAGGAUGUGGGCCGGCCCCAGCCUGGGCGUGAGAACUUCCAGAACUGGCUCAAGGAUGGCACGGUGCUGUGUGAGCUCAUUAAUGGACUAUACCCUGAGGGGCAGGCCCCAGUGAAGAAGAUCCAGGCCUCCACCAUGGCCUUCAAGCAGAUGGAGCAGAUCUCUCAGUUCCUGCAAGCAGCUGAGCGCUAUGGCAUCAACACCACAGACAUCUUCCAGACUGUGGACCUGUGGGAAGGAAAGAACAUGGCCUGUGUGCAGCGGACACUGAUGAACCUGGGUGGGCUGGCAGUGGCCCGGGACGAUGGGCUUUUCUCUGGGGAUCCCAACUGGUUUCCUAAGAAGUCCAAGGAGAACCCUCGGAACUUCUCGGACAACCAGCUGCAAGAGGGCAAGAACGUGAUUGGGCUGCAGAUGGGCACCAAUCGUGGGGCAUCUCAGGCAGGCAUGACCGGCUAUGGGAUGCCACGCCAGAUCCUCUGAUCCAUCUCCAGCUCUUGCAUCUACUCUCCCGUGGAUGGUUAAUAUAUAUAGAUAGAUAGAUAGAUA